CGCACAAAAUGGUAGCUCACAGUGUUUACCACAGCCACCGUUGAAAAACAGUGCGUCUGAACGAUCGGACAAUUAUCUGGCCUCUUUGGCCAACUGCAGUGGAUGUUCAAAGAUGGCUUGUUUGAUAGUUGUAGAAUCCUGAAAUCAGGUGCAUGAUGGCACAUGAAGAACAAUCCAGUGAUAAAGCUAUCCAGCAUCAAUCUCUUAUGGAUUUACUUGACAAAAAGAAACCUCUGAAAAUCUGUGCACCGAUGGUGAGGUACUCAAAACUGGCCUUUCGCACACUGGUCAGGAGAUAUGGUUGUGACCUCACUUUCACGCCCAUGAUAAUGUCCAACAGUUUUGUCAGAUCAAUGAAAGCCAGAGACAAUGAGUUUACAACUAAUAAAGGGGACAGGCCGCUCAUUGUCCAGUUUGCAGCAAAUAAUGGCAAAGAUUUGGCCGAUGCAGCGGAGUUGAUUGCUCCAUACGCGGAUGGCGUUGACCUGAACUGCGGAUGUCCGCAGAGGUGGGCGAUGUGUGACGGAUAUGGUGCCCACCUGAUCAAGAACCCUGAGCUGAUAAGAGAUAUGGUGAGGCAGACAAAGGCCAGGGUGGGAAGAGCAGACUUCACCACUUCCAUCAAGAUCAGAAUCCAUCCCGAUCUACGUGACACUGUGGAUCUCUGCCAGAAGGCAGAGACUGCAGGGGUUUCCUGGAUAGCAGUGCACGGAAGGACUCCUCGGGAGCGAGCUGAGCCAGCCAAUCACGAUGCCAUCAAACUGAUUAAGGAGAGUGUGGGUGUGCCUGUGAUUGCCAAUGGUGACAUCAGGAGUCUAGAAGACAUGCAAAGAGUCUGUGAUCAUACUAAUGUGGACGGUGUCAUGGCAGCAAGGGGCAUACUAGAGAACCCAGCUAUGUUUGCUGGCUACAACUUAACACCAACACACUGUGUCCAGCAGUGGUUGGAUAUAUCUCUAUCGCUGGGUACCCCAUUCCAAUGUUUCCACCAUCAUCUCAUUUAUAUGAUGGAGAAGAUGGUCAUGAGAGCUGACAAGCGUGUCUUCAACGUACUUACCAGCACCGCAGCUGUCGUAGAUUAUCUGGAAGAGAACUACGGUAUUCAUCCCUCGACGGAGGUUUCAAUUGAGGACACAAGGGGAUCCAGUGCACCUCCCCUGGACAGAAUAAUGUAGGAAUGAUCUACAUGUAUCAUCACUUUAGCUUAACAAGUCACAAGCCGCAAGCAGUUGAUGAGGCAAAGCUGAGACGUCUUAAGGGAAAAACAAGUGGGAAAAUCAGUGCCAAGGAAAUGAUUCAGUCCCUCAGCAAAAUCAAGGAGGAU